CCAUAAGUUUUGGAAAACAGAAGAAAAAGAGAGAGAGAGAGAUACAAAAUAGAAAGUAAAAAUUAGAAAAACUCUUGUACUUGGUUUCAUGCCAGAUUAGGGAACUCUUUUAGUUGUCAAUUAGAUCACAGAGACAUGGAGGUUGCUAUGGAACUGGAAGAUGAUCUUUUUUUUGCUGAUUUGAGCAAGGAAAUUGCUCUACUAAUUAUGGAUGAAGAUGAAGAUCCUCUUGCUUCUUGUCCUCCUGACUCUCUUCAGGCUUUUUCUGGGGCAAUUCAUCCUCCUCCACAGUUUGCUUUCAUCUAUGAGCAUGCUUUGAGAAGAGAAAGCAAAGGGACAGGUGUGUUUAUCCCUCAAGCAACACAGCCAAGAAGGAAGCAGAGGAAAGGAAGGGCUAAUAAUAAUUCAUAUGCAAAACAUCAAAAGCAGUCUCAAGAUACCAGAAUGGCUUCUCAAGUUCCUAACAAGAAUUCUUUCAAAUCCCGAAAUGGCUGAGGAUACUAUAUUAUAUCAUAUAGAUCCUUGUGAAAAACCUGCAUAAUCUUACAGAUUCUACUGAUUAAUUUGUCUGCCAAGUUUAAUAAUUUGUGGAUCUAAUUCUUUAGCCUUUAGGCAAUAAUUGUAUGGUUAAUUAUUUUGUAUUGUUUAUGUAUAGGUAAAUGUACAUGGGAAAACCUUAUAUACCUAAAUAUUAGGCAUGAUGUAGGAAGGUUCACCCAAGGUUUUGCUACCUUCCUCUGCAGACAAGCAUUUCAUUGUUAUCUUGUUUCAUGUGAUAAGUUUGUCCUGGUUGCAAAGAUAUUAGUGUGACUAUUUAAUUUCUUCAUA